AUGUUCACCACCAACCUCUAUAUGGUGACCCUCCUGUACCGACACCACAAGACAGCCCCGCACCUCCAUAGUAUCAGGCUUGCCUCGCAGCCAGUACCAAAGAUCAAAGCCACCCACAUCAUCCUGCUGUUGGUCAGCUAUUUCGUGUGUUUCUAUUGCUUCAAGGACAUCACCAACUUCUAUUACUUUUACACAGCAGUGAAAAUCCCUACACUGGAGUGGCUGUGGCACAUCACUGCUCGGUUCCCUCCAGAGGAGUCCUGUACAACUGCCAACUCACCUGUGGUGUGUCUGGGAGUCCUGGGGAACUGUGUCCUCUUCCUGCUGUACGCGUACAGCUCAGUGUGCAAACCCCAGCUCCGAAAGCCCAUUGCCAUAGUUUUCAUGCACCUGACCCUGGUCAACGCCUUGACCAUCAUUUUUGAGUCCAUGCCCUUCAUCGUCUCCUCAUAUGGAGUCCUGUGUUUCUGGGAUGAUGCCACGUGUAAGGCGAUGCUGUUCCUGUUCAGGGUCACUCGGGGACUGUCCGCCUGCACUACCACCUUCCUGAGUGCCUUCCAGGCCCUCACCAUCAGCCGCACCCCUGCCCAGUUGGCUUGGCUGAAAAGCCGAUCCUCCGUCUGCAUCCUCCCCUCUCUGCUCUCCUUCUGGAUCUUGAAUUCUGUCAUCUAUUUCUACAUGAUCAAAACUGUGGAAUCCAAUUGCAAUUCCACCUUCAUGACCCGGGGAUUUUCUCAUCCUUACUGUCAAACGAAGUUUGGAAGGGACACUCAAACGCCCAUUAUCAGCUCUGUUGUGCUGCGAGAUGCUCUGUCCCUGGUCCUCAUGGUGGCCCCCAGCCUCUACAUGGUGACGCUCCUCUACCGACACCGCCGCAGAGCCCGGCACCUCCACAGUCUCAACCUUGUCUCCCAGUCAGCGCCCGAGAACACAGCCACCCACACCAUCCUACUGCUGGUCAGCUGCUUCGUGUUCUUCCAUUGCUCUAACAACAUUGUGACUAUGUAUUCCUUGUACACACUGGAGAAAUUGAACAAAUCCAAGGGUGUGCUUGUGACGUUGUCCUUCAGCUACCCCACCCUCUGCCCGUUCUUGCUCAUGAAGAAUAACAGAAUGGUUUCACGAUGGAUCACUCACUCAUGUUCUACCAAGAGUGAUCCAUUGUAA